AUGACUGAAUUGGCCAAUUACAAAAGGCUCGAGAAAGUGGGUGAAGGUACAUACGGUGUCGUGUACAAGGCAUUGGAUUUGAGACACGGUCAGAGGGUAGUUGCAUUGAAAAAGAUAAGACUUGAAAGUGAAGACGAAGGCGUUCCUAGUACUGCGAUCCGCGAAAUUUCCCUGUUGAAAGAGCUCAAGGACGACAAUAUCGUUCGGCUGUACGAUAUUGUACAUUCAGAUGCACACAAAUUGUAUUUGGUUUUCGAGUUCUUGGAUCUGGACUUGAAAAGAUACAUGGAGUCGAUUCCAAAGGAACAACCACUGGGUGACAACAUUAUAAAGAAGUUUAUGAUGCAAUUAUGCAAGGGUAUCGCGUAUUGCCAUUCGCAUCGUAUUUUGCAUCGCGAUUUGAAACCGCAGAAUUUGUUGAUCAACCGCGAUGGCAACAUGAAACUGGCUGAUUUUGGUCUAGCGCGUGCUUUUGGUGUUCCAUUGAGAGCUUACACACACGAAAUUGUCACUUUGUGGUAUCGCGCUCCCGAAGUGCUUCUCGGUGGUAAACAGUACUCCACUGGUGUCGACAUAUGGUCCAUAGGGUGCAUCUUUGCCGAGAUGUGUAACCGCAAGCCAAUCUUUAGCGGUGACAGUGAAAUUGAUCAGAUCUUCAAAAUAUUCCGUACUUUGGGAACCCCAAGCGAGUCUGUCUGGCCCGAUAUUGUAUACUUGCCCGAUUUCAAACCAAAGUUUCCCAAAUGGCACCCAAAAGAUUUGGCACAAGUGGUGCCGUCCCUGGAUGCACACGGUAUUGAUCUUUUGCAGAACUUGCUAACCUAUGAUCCAAUCAAUCGUAUCAGUGCCAAAAGAGCAGUUAUGCAUCCAUAUUUCCAAGGUCAGUCGGUGGAUUAG